AUGAAGUUUGGCCAGGAGCUUGAAAGGAACAAAGUUCCUGAGUGGCAGUCACAAUACUUGGAUUACAAAAAGGGAAAGAAGAAGUUGAAGAAGCUUGACAAGGUUACUGCGCUGUCAUCAGGCAGUCUUCGUUCUAAAACUACUCCAAGAUUGUCUUUCAGCGCCUUCAAAAGAACUAGCACGGAUGGAAAUAUUUCCAAUGACUCGCGGUUGUCUUCGCUGGCCUCCCUCAACCUUCCUCCACCAGCCAUCUCACCAAGUCCUAGCAAGAAGAACCAUAGCUCAAACGAUACACCGGGGUCCGCAGACAAGCCCAACGAUAGGACGCCUCUUCUACAGGCUACAGGCGUCAAUGCCCCUGGAAUAUUGAGACAUGCUGAUGCAAACAGCUCAGUGGAGUCGCUGGACUCCGAAGCUUCUCAGCACGGUCAACGGCAUGAAGACAUGCCUACUCCGGUGCACUUCAAAUCCCAGACUUACGGGGGAUCCCACAGCUCGCCAUAUACUCUUGAAAGGAAGAGAUCUGCGGUUGGCGCUUUAUACGACUCUAUUCGAAGACCGCGUUUGUCGUCCUAUGGAGGGAGAACCAUCGGAGGUGAAAUACCUUUGGAACCAAUUGCGGAAUACGCCAGAUCUGAAUUUUUGAACUGGGUUGAUGCAGAGCUUUCAAAAAUUGAGGUUUUCUACAAGGAAAGAGAGGACAGUUCUUCUGAACGAUUCUGGAUUUUGGAGGAGCAGAUUGAGCUCCUCAAAGAGCAGAAUAUUCGAAGAUUGCGCAAGGCUCAGCAGAUACGGGCAAAUGAACGAAUGGACGAAAACCUUGAUAGUUCUAACACCAAUGGCGAUGGCACAGAAGACUUAGGUGACGAUCAAUCGGACAAUUUAGCAGGAUUCAAGCGUGAUCUCCUGUAUUUCGAGUUUUCAGCCAAAAGAGCAAUCGGCUGGCUUAAUAACUUUGAGACCCCAUCUCUACCGAGAUUCAAAUGGCGCGCAGAAGGCGGCGUGGAAAAACAGUAUUACGAAGAGGACUAUAACGAGGAAACACCUCCGCCAGUAGAGGAUCCCCGUUACAACCGAAAGGACUAUAGCAGAAAGACCAAUGUUCCUUACUUGGUUGCCAAGAGGCAGAUUAGGGUCGCUGUUCUGGAGUUUUACAGAUCUUUGGAGUUGCUGAAGUCCUACAAGCUUCUAAACAAAAUCGCCUUCAGGAAGAUGGUCAAAAAGUUUGACAAAACGACGGGUAGCAAUAUUCAAGCUACAUACAUGGAAAAGGUUAACAACGCCUACUUCCUCAAGAGCGACGUUGUGGACAAUCUAAUGACAAAAGUGGAGGACAUGUACUCUUCAACUUUUGAGCGUGGUAACCGAAAAGUUGCGGUCGCUAGAUUGAGAUCAUCAGACACUCCAGCAACUUAUUACACCUCUAUUUUCACUUCUGGAUUGCUGCUGGGCAUAGGAACCCCUUUCUUUGUUUUGGCAACCUAUCUGGGAACUUACAAGACAGUCACAGGAAACCUUGAGUCCGGGAGAUACAUACUACAGAUAUGGGGAGGUUUUGCCAUAGCCAUCUUCAUGGCGCUUCUUUUUGGUAUCAACUGCUACAUUUGGACCAAGUUCAAGAUUAACUAUAAGUUUAUCUUUGAAUUUGACCAAAGAACUGCCUUGGACGUCAAGCAAUUUUUCCUACUACCUUCACUCAUGUUUGGGCUUGCGAGCAUGUUUGCCUGGUUUGGAUUCUCGGACUUUUGGCCUCAUAUCAUUGCUGCGAGAGACUGGCCCUGGUUCUUUGUUGGUAUAUCUCUGGGGAUAAUUUUCUGCCCUUUUGACACUUUCUACAGAAGCUCUAGAGCCUGGAUCUUGACUGCGAUCUGGCGUCUUCUCUUGAGCGGAUUCUAUCCUGUGGAAUUCAGAGACUUCUUCAUUGGAGACAUUCUUUGUUCACUGACAUACUCAAUAUCCAACAUAUCUCUGUUUCUUUGUCUUUAUUCCACGCAUUGGAGAAAUACAGGAGAAACGGGACUUCCUACGAAAUGUGGUUCAUCCAGGUCUAGAGUCAUGGGGUUUUUAUCUACUGUUCCCAGUUUGAUGAGAUUCAUGCAGUGUCUGCGGCGUUAUGCUGACACUGGAGAUUGGUUCCCCCAUUUGGCAAACAUGCUGAAAUACACAAUGUCUGCAGUCUAUUACAUUACCCUCAGUGUCUACAGGAUAUCUACCACGACUCCUAAUCGUGCCAUUUUGAUCACGUUUGCAUCGAUAAACUCUAUCUACAGUGCAAUUUGGGACAUUUUCAUGGAUUGGUCUCUGAUGCAGGCUGGUUCAAAGCACAUUUUCCUUAGAGACGAUUUGAUAUUCAAAAGCCCGUGGUACUAUUACAUUGCCAUGGUUGUCGACGUUAUUCUGAGGUUUCAGUGGAUAUUCUACGCCCUUUUCACGAGGCAGAUCCAGCAAUCUGCUGUAACAUCGUUUGGAAUUGCCAUAGCUGAGCUGCUGAGAAGAUUCAUCUGGAUAUUUUUCCGCAUGGAAAACGAACACUGCACCAAUGUACAUUUAUUCAGGGCAUCUCGCGAAACACCGCUACCUUAUCCCGUUCUUCACAAAGCUCACUAUUCUCAUGUUCACAUUCCCACAGUUGAUCUCGGUUCCGCAGACGAGGAAGCGACGUCAAUCUCCGCUCCUCCAAAGAAAAUACUCAAAAGAAGGCCUUCCAUAUUUCCUCAAUUCUUGGAGCAUGCAAGUAAUGUCAUCAACAAGGCUCAUAUCAAGGACUUCCAGAGAAAGAAGUUCGACCCAGCCCUGGCUGGCACACGUGAUGACGAGAGCAGUGAAGAAGAAGACGAUGAUGAUGACGAUGAUGAAAAUGAUGAAAAUGAAGCUCUUCAAGGAGAGGUAGAGGAACUUGAUAGCGGAUCGGACGAUGAACAGAUUGCUCGACGCAGGACUGGAAGGAGCUCUACUGCAAAUAACGAUUAA